AAAGCAGUGAUUGGUCAAAAGGUGGCAAGUUGUUUGACUAUGACAUCAAUUCCUCAUUUCAUCUUUUUGAUUUACAGAGAAAAUUGAAAUAGUCCACUCGGGACCAUUGAAGCUCUCUCUCUGUUUCUGCAUUACAAAAAGUGUUUGUUUUCAAGGUUUCUCUCUUUCACUUCUCUUUGUUUUCUUCAUUUCAAUUUCUGGAUUUUGCUUGUAGCUACAUUUGGUCUCACUCUAUUCCAUGGCUGACACUGGUGAGGUUCAAUUUAUGAAGCCUUUCAUCUCAGAAAAGUCAUCUAAAUCAUUGGAAAUCCCCUUGGGAUUCAACGAAUACUUCCCAGCACCAUUUCCAAUAACUGUGGACCUCCUGGACUAUAGUGGGAGAUCUUGGACGGUUAGGAUGAAGAAAAGAGGAGAGAAAGUGUUUCUUACAGUUGGUUGGGAGAAUUUUGUAAAAGAUAACAAUCUCGAAGAUGGCAAGUAUUUGCAGUUCAUCUAUGACCGCGACAGGACCUUUUAUGUUAUCAUAUAUGGUCAUAACAUGUGUAGCGAAUAUAGAGACUUCCCUCAAGUCGCAGUAGAGGUUGAUGACUAUGAAAACGGUGAAGAAGAAGAAGACGGCGACGAUCAAGACAAACAUCAGUAACUAAAAUUUGGGUCUACUUUAAGUUGCUUUAAGUUUAAGUAGUCAGUUUUCAUGUUGGAUUUAUGUAACCAGUUGUUUAGUUUAAAUAUUACGAAUACUAGUAUUUGCUUUCUGCUACAUUCUUUGGAACAUGGUUUAAAAGAUUUACUGUGUAUUGCUAUCAUUUUUGUGAUAAUUGUAUUUGGUGAAGUAGA